CUCGUAUUUGGAAUUAAUCAAUCUUGAUAUAACAGAGCUUAUGGUGACCUCCCUUGAUGUCUGUGGUCGCAGCCCUCACAUUAUGGUCGGGGAACUGAUUUUAUGUAAUUUAGUCCCUGAAAUACACGGAUGCCGCCGCUCAAUAAUGGCAGACCCUGGUCGAUCAAUUCGAGUGGAGGCAAAAUUAAUUCAACUAAUCUCUGGGUGCACUGAUGAUCUUGUUCCUAGUAAACCGAAACUCGAGAGCGUGGCGUUUCACUUACUUCUUGCGAAAUUUGACAGGCAAUGA